AUGGAGGUCCUGCUGCUCCUGGCCGUCCUCUUCUAUCUGGCCAUUCUUCUCCGGCAAAGAACUAGGAGGUCCCGUGCUCAGACGACCCUUCACAAGGUUGUCGACACCGCCGCCGCCCACCACGCGCUGAACGAGAAAGCGAGCGCCUUCUCGAACCGCCCCGCCGCCAUCUUCCCGGUGGUCCUGGCCACCGGGCUUAGCGGCGAACGGAACGAGAACAUAACCACGGUCAAGUAUGGCCCCCACUGGCGCGCGCUCCGGUGCAACCUCAUGGCCAAGAGCCUCCACCCCUCGCGUCUCGGUUCCCUCGCCCCGAUGCAACGGGAGGCCAGCCAGGCCCUCGUCGCCGACCUGUCCGGACUUGUCCGGGACGCAACCGGCAACGUGCUCGUUGUCCGUGGCCACAUCAACACCGCCGUGUUCGGGCUGGUCGCGCGCCUGUGCUUCGGCGACGGCGUUGACGUGGGCCAUGUGCGCGCCAUGGAGCUCGUGAUACAGGACUUUAUCGUCUCCAUGGGGGAGCUCAACCCUGUGUUCGACGGCACGAUGUUGUGCAAGCUCAUGAACUGGAGGCGGCUUGGACGGCUCUUCGCCUUCCUCGGCCGGCAGACCAAGCUGUUCCUCCCCCUCAUCAACGAGCGAAGGCGGCCCGAGUCUCGGUCCUGCACCGCCGAUGGCGGCGUCGAACCGUACGUCCAUUCAUUCCUUGAUCUACGUGUCCCCGACGACGAUGCUGGCGGCAAGCAGGGAAAGGACGCCCGGCGCGAGCUCCGGGACGACGAACUGGUGAGCCUCGUGUCGGAGUUCCUCGGCGCCGGCUCGGGUUCGGUCGUGGCCAGCUUGGAGUGGACCCUCGCCCACCUCGUGGACCAGCCGGACGUCCAGGACAUGCUGCGUCGGGAGAUCAUCGACGGUGAGACCAGUAAUGGCGGGGUAAUCUCCACCAAGAGCCUCCGCGGCAUGCCGUACCUGCACGCCGUGGUGAUGGAGAGCCUCCGCAUGCACCCACCCGUGCCGUUCAUCCUGCGCGGCGUCCACGGCGAGGGUGCCGCGACGGUAGGCGCUACGUUGGCGGCCGUGCCAGCUGAUGGCCUGAGGGUACAGUUCAUUGUUGGCGACAUUGGGAGGGAUAGCAAGACGUGGACGGACCCGGACGAGUUCCGGCCAGAGCGGUUCCUCGCCGGAGGUGAGGCAGAGGGCAUCGGGCCAACACCAGGCCCCAAGGAGAUCCGGAUGAUGCCGUUCGGGGCGGCGCACAGGCACUGCCCUGGCUCGAGCCAGGCGAUGGUGAACAUCAAGUUCUUCCUGGCCGCGCUUGUACGCGAGUUCGAGUGGGCGGCGCCGGCGGAUGACUGCAGCGUCGACCUCACAGAGCUCGACGGGUUCUUCAAGGUCAUGAAGAAACCACUUUCGGCGCGUGUCACACGGCGCACUCAAGUCGUGUAAAACUUGGCAUUUAUGUACGGGCAUGCCAAGUUGUCAGGUAGUGUGUGUUUUCUUGUAUAUGCAUGUGCGUGCAUGUGUACCAGUGUUUUAAAUAGCGGGCUCUGCAAAAUAGUGACGGUCCUCCAAAUCAGCUAUAGGUUUAGCGGGACACUUAGUGAAACCUGCUCAAACAGGUAUAGCGGUGGGCUAUUUAAAACUUUGAUCUGUACAUGUCAAAGUCAUUUUUUUUUUCAAACAAACCUGUGAUUGGAUGGCCAGCUCACCAGGUUUUAAGUCGUAGAUUUGACAUCAAUGCUCGUAUAUUCCUAAAUUUAUUUCAGGCCUUUUGGUGAUAUGU